AUGGAUUUGCCCGAGUCUGGAAUCUACCGAGUGCAGCCAAACGGCAUGCGGCUCAUCAAUACCGAGACUCUUGAGCUCCAGAAGUUUCCAGAGGGCUCGAUUCCACCUUAUGCCAUCUUGUCCCAUGUCUGGGGCAAUGAAGACGACGAAUGCUGCUUUCAAGACUUCAAAGACACUAAAGCGCAUAGCGACAAAUUCAAGUCCAAGAAAGGAUACGCCAAGAUCGUCAACUUCUGCCGCAAAGCUCAGGAGUACGGUCACGCAUGGGCAUGGGCUGAUACUGUUUGCAUCGACAAGACGAACUACGAAGAACUUAACACCGCGAUCAACUUCACUUAA